ACUCAGUCAGAUACACAUGAUGACAAACAACAACACUACCAGCAAUAGCAAUACCGUUAAUAAAAUGCCUAACGGUAAGCCGCCACCACCACCACCACACGCACAUACUCUGUCUUCGUUACCGCGCUACGGCAGCGCACGUCGUGAGCCGAAAAUUAACGAACGCGCUGAAAGUUCGCUCUCACAUGAGCCACCCUACAGCCAGCAUCUUGCCAAUCAGAAUGGACAACGCACAACCACAGCCGAUCGUUAUUUACGCCUCACGCAGGACCAUUUCAAUCACAAUCACGGUCCCUACGGCAGUAUUGGUAGCAACAAACAUCCUAAUACGCUGAGUGGCGAGCGUUCGCCGCGUGAGAGCGAGUGUAAUUACAUACACAAUAACUCUCAUUACUCGCUGCCCUUGGAUCAUGCAUUGAAUGCCGUUACGCCUACACCGACGCCUCCGGCGUUGCCAUUACGCAACGGGCAGCUGACGCCGCUUAACAGCAAUAAUACGGGCAUGCAGCGUGUGCCAGCUUAUAAUAACAACAAUUGUAGUAAUGGUUAUGCUACGAUAGGCGGCGGAGGCAAUCAUUUUAGUGGUGGCGUUGCCAUUGGCGUCGGUGGCAACAACAAUAAUGGUAGUUUAAGACGUUAUCACUGAUAUACGCUUAAGGGCGGUUGGUGUGGCACAAGCCGCAGCGCCUACUAUGAGAAAUACGAAUGCGCCUAUGAACAUCCAACAACGGCAAAUCGAAAUAGCUUCGAGAUGUGUACAUUUGUGAGGCCGUAAGAUGACUAAAUAGAACCAGCUUAGGGCUAACGGCAAGAAGGGGAAGUAAUAGAAAAUGUAAGGAAUAUAACAGGGCAAAGAUCUACAAGAAAUAUAACAUAGUUUGAGAAGACCUGGAGUUGGAAAUAGUCACUAUAAGGAUCAAACAUAUAUUUUUAACAUAACUUUCGCAAAGUUUACAGAAAUAGCAGCGGAAAACAGUUCUGAAGGAACGAACACUGCCGUAGAACAAAUAAAUCACAAAGUCCACAAAAUUUUAUGUUGAAGCUACGCAAAUUACUGGAUUUGAUACACUACUUUAUAGAUGCCAUAAAUCGUUAGUAUUGUAGUAGAAGAAGUAUUACAAAAAUAAAAACAUAGAAACCAAAUAAAGUUCGAGACAAGUUUAUGAAACAUGAGUAAAUGAUUAUACCAAUGUGGUGAUCUAAUUCAUCGAAAGUCUCUCGAGAGCUCAAAAAACAUCCCAAGUAUCUUUCGGCUGAUCGCAAUUUUAGUGUAACUGGAUCAAAUCAGGACUGUCCGAAAAAUUGAACUUAACAAUGUUCUAGGAGAAGAUAUUGCUGGAAGGUCCAAUUUUCAGUUGCCUUAAAGCGUGUUUUUUAAAGGAAGGCCUCCUGGAAAUCCAUAUCCAUACUUUAUAGGUUCCUUAUACGAGCAUAAUCCGAAAUUAUACAUUUAUUAGGGUGCUAAAUCUAGAUAAGUACUUAUAUACUUUUUGAUCAGUUGCCAAUUAGUUAUACUUUCUUUCGUCUUUCCCUGCUAACAAGCUAAGGUUAUUCAAUCUUUUAAAAUCUUCACGUUAAGCGAUAAAAGGGGAUCCGUUUCAUAAUUCUCAAGUUCUUUUCUAUACAACAGCUGGCAUUUUUGAAUAACUUUAGUUUAGCUACUAAAGCCAGAGAUAAAAAAACCAAUAUAAAGUGGUACGUACAUUCAGACGAAUAUAAUAACUUGACCGAAUAAAUACUUGACCAAUAAAACCCGGUCAAGUGCUGCAUAUGGUCUACAAGACCUAGACCCAGUUUAAUAUCAACGAGCAUAAUCUCUUAGCACUUUAACGUCUCUGUAAACUAAUUCUAAGGGAGGACAGAUACAUAUAGUAUAUCGACCAAAAUGGUUCUAAAGGUUGCUUAUUUCUUACAAUUAAUCGCUUUUUUUCCAGGCAGGUCUUUCCGAAAUGACACUAGUUCGAUUCUUUUGUCUGAACGCAAUAUUUGUUCUCAAUUUCAUAUUUUAUAAGAACUAUUGAGCGCUCUAAUCCUUCUUAUUACUUUUGCCGUUCUCACGAGUCAAAUAAUUAUUUAUUUAGUAAUAACGUCCUAUAUUUUGAUUGGUACAUCUUCUAACCGUAUACUAGAUACACUAGCUAAUGAUCUAUUAGUCAGUGUUGGCAUAAUAAUAACUUGUAUAAUAAUAUUUCCAUGAGUUCCCAUAUGUAUGUCUUUAAAAAUCCACACUGUACACAGAAGACUAAAGCCAUUGUUCAUAGCGCGUUAUUGAUUGUUGCCAUCAUCGAUAUUGAUAUCGCGUUAUUGUAUUCACUAGUGAUUUCUUCAAUCUACAAAGUAGGCAGCAAUUUUCGUGAUUUGGUUUU